UGCAUUCUAAAUCAAGGUGAACUGAAACGUUCUCAUGGGUAUCAAGAAGAUAUUUGGUGCAAUUUUCUUUGUGUUAUUAGGUGUAGGUAUAUGUUCUGCAACUAGAUCUCUCCUCACUCUUGAUGAAGUAACAUCUCGUCACCUUUUAGGCAGUGUUCAUGGAGGUGGCAUUGUUGGUGUUAGCUACAAUGGAGGAGGUGGAGGAGGUUCAAGAGGCGGAAGUGGAGGUGGAGGCGCCUAUGCAAAUGUAGAAGCAAGAGCUACUGGAUAUGGCGGUGGUGCUAAUAAAGGAGAAGGUGGAGGUGGCAGUGCUGUUGGAUAUGGAGGUGGUGGAGGAGGUGGCAAUGGUGGUGGUGGAGCUAGUGUAGGUGGUGCUUCUGGAUAUGGUAGUGGAGGUGGUGCUGGUAGUGGUAGCGGGUAUGGAGAAGCCGGUGGACAUGGAGGUGGUGGUGGUAGUGGUAGUGGUGGUGGGGGAGGUAGUGCAGGUGGACAUGGUGGUGGAGCUUCUGGAUAUGGUGGUGGAGGUGGUGAAGGAGGUGGAGCUGGUGGUGGUUAUGGAGGAGCCGGUGGACAAGGAGGUGGUGCUGGUGGUGGCAGUGGUAGAGGAGGAGCUAGUGCAGGUGGUGCUUCUGGGUAUGGCAAUGGAGGUGGCGAAGGAGGUGGAGCUGGUGGUGGUUAUGGAGGAGCUGGUGGACAUGGAGGUGGUGCUGGUGGCGGUAAUGGUGGAGGCGGAGCUAGUGCAGGUGGUGCUUCUGGGUAUGGCAGUGGAGGUGGCAACGGAGGUGGAGCUGGUAGUGGUGGCGGCUAUGAAGGAGCUAAUGGACACGGAGGUGGUGGUGGCAAUGGUGGUGGAGGAGCUAGUGCAGGUGGAUAUGGUGGUGGAGCUUCUGGAUAUGGAAGUGGAGGUGGUGAAGGAGGUGGAGCUGGAUAUGGAGGAGCUAGUGGACAUGGAGGUGGUGGUGGUGGCGGGAGUGGUGGAGGCGGUGCAGGAGCAUAUGGUGGUGGAGGGGCACAUGCAGGUGGAUAUGGCAGUGAAGGAGGAGCUGGAGGAGGUGUUAGUGGUGGUGCAAGUGGUGGUGGUGGUGGUGGCGGCUCUGGUGGUGGAGGUGGUGGUGCAUAUGGUGCUGGAGGUGCAAAUGAGGGAGGAUAUGGAAAUGGUGGCAAAGCCGGAGGUGGUGAAGGUGGUCACUAUUAGCCUUGAAAGUACCUUGUCACCUUUACCAUAUAUUAAGAGUAUUAAUGUUGUUACAACUGGUACUAAAAAAAAUAAGAGUAAUUUGAUACGUAAUCCAAAAUACUUAAAAAUAUCGUAUGAAACUUAUAGAAUCCAAAUAGAUGAUGUUAAAAGUUAUAUCAUAUGAUAAUAUUGAAAUGAAUCUAUCAUUUUCUAA